CAUUUUCACAAGCAGAUCCACAGACACAGGAUUUGCUUCUCUGUGAAACUUGAACUUGAAACUGUGAUUGAUUUAUAGCAUGGCUUUAUAUAAAUGGUCCCCGACGUCUCGCUGAAGUUUAUUUUGAGAAGUGAUCAACCCUUGUCGACAUUUCCACAGGUAAAACAACCAGAAAUGGAGACGGCAAUGUUAAAAGUUUUUCUGCUGUUAGUUUUAAUCAACGUAACGAUGGGAGGAUGGGGGCCUUAUCCCCGGACCGAAAUUUGCACGGCGCCCCCAGAGACUGGACCCUGUAUUGCAUAUUUUAGACGUUUUUUCCAUGUCAAUGGAUUUUGUCUUCCUUUUGUGUACGGCGGAUGUGAAGGAAAUGCCAACAACCACGAGACCUUCCAAGAUUGUUUACAAGCAUGCGUUUUACUAAGACCAUCAAGGCCGUUUUAUUAACAUCACAAUAAAUGAAUAUUAUUCUAAAGCCUUAAAGAACACUUAACACAUUUACGAAUUUAUAAUCAGCCCGUUUCGGUAACAAUUGAGCAAAAUAAAAAUGUGGAACACUGUACAAUACAAAGUUUGUGUAAAUGAUAUGCAAUUUUUAUAAUGAAAUAAAGUUAGAAAUUAAUUUAA